AGAAUUUACAACCAUAUCACACCACUAUUUUCACGCAAAAUCACUCGAUCAGUAGCGGUAUACUGGGUUUUGUCCAGGAUUUGCAACCAUACAGGCGAAGUUCAACAUGGACCAUAUGUGACGAGCGGAGCCGACGGCCCGUUACUUCCGAACUCCGAUCGUCGGAGAGCCUCAGCUACUCAGCGCACCCUCUCAUGCGCAGAUGUCGACGUCGCCGUACCGCACCCCUCUACGCGCUCUCCUCCCCUUUGCUGCGGUAAUAACCUUCUACAUGACCCCUCUCGCUACGAACGCCCUCGCUUGUCAUCAACGUAAAAAUCGCCAUAUCGCUGGCAAUGAAGGAUCUUGCUUUCCGGUGUCCCGUCGCACAUCGCUGGCCAGCAAGUCACGCCUGAGAGUCAAAUCUAGAAAUUCGAAACCGUCGACGAUGUCAGCGAUGCUGAAAGCACGCAAGAGAGCGCAGACGCCGCACUUCCCGACGAUAGGAAAUCCAGCACCUGGAUUUAACCUCCUACCUACUAGGGUACCAUCACAUCGACUUGAUUGGAUGCCUCGAUACUCGCUCCUGGCUGCCGCCGACGCGAACUGGAAGACAAGCUCGCCUCGCCCCUCCCGCGCGCUACUCCAGUCUUGACGGCCCGCGGGCGCGACUGCACGUGCAUGCUGGCAUAUCGAGCCCAAAUACCCUCGAUCAAUGCGUCUCAUAGGCUAUUCCAAGCGUUACUUGUAUCUCUGCGCAAUGUCUCGCUGUCCCGGAUUGAUACAAGGACCUUAAGACCUCGAGGAGCUCCGCGCCAUCGGCGGUGUUCCCAGACCUCGAGCGCACUCCUCGAACGCAUACAUG